UCUUUUCAGGUGGAUGGAUCUUCUCACCAGCGCUUAUGCCACUCUUUCCGACGAAGACGAAGAUGAAAAGCUCGCCAUCUCCCCGCCGAGGAAGAGACUCAGAAACGAGAACUCGCCGAUUUUUGGUCCGCCCGCUCUCUCCAUCAAUGGGCCGAAAGAAGCCCCAAUCCCAGGGCGAUACGUGUCGAAGCGAGAGCGAGCGAUCUCGGCAUCGACUACGGCUCCCGAUCCGAUCCUUCCUUCCACGGUCAUCACAUCGCCUGCUAUGGGCAGUAUCUCAGAUUCAGAUCUCCCACAUGAUGUUUACUCGUCAUUAAAGUGUCAAUCAAAGGUUCAUGCACACCUCAAUAGAAUUCCAGAUCGACUCUCUAUAGUUUUAAAUGGCCACACAAAGGCUGUCAAUGCCAUACAAUGGUCACCUACUCAUGCCUAUCUUCUUGCAUCUGCCAGUAUGGAUCAAAAUGUCUGCAUAUGGAAUGUGUGGAGCAAAGGUCAGAAGAAAGCACGUAUUUUCACCUUCCACAAUGCAGCAGUCAAGGAUCUUAGGUGGUCACAGCAAGGCUUAUCUUUGCUUUCCUGUGGGUAUGACUGCUCAUCGAGGCUAGUUGAUGUUGAGAAGGCAAUAGAAAUGCAACUUUUCAAGGAGGAUCAAACUGUGGGAGCGGUUAGAUUUCAUCCAGGCAAUUCAAAUCUCUUCCUUUCAGGAGGGUCCAAGGGAUUUUUGAGACUCUGGGAUAUAAGAGUUGGCAAGGUGGUACAGGAAUAUCUCCGAGGUCUCGGCCCCAUUCUUGAUGUUGAAUUUAGUGUCGAUGCCAAGCAUUUCAUCUCAUCUAGUGAUGUCUCCAAAGGCAAUGUCAGUGAAAAUUCCAUCAUUGUUUGGGAUGUGCAACGACAGGUUCCUCUAUCAAACCAGGUUUACGUGGAGGCCUAUACCUGUCCAUGUAUUAGGUACCAUCCAAUCGAAUCAUGUUUCGUUGCACAGUCAAACGGAAACUACAUUGCAAUUUUCUCGUCAAGGCCACCAUUCAAGUUAGACAAAUACAAGAGGUAUGAGAAACAUAGUGUAUCCGGCUUCGCCAUCAAAUGCAAUUUCAGCUUGGAUGGUGAGAAGCUUGCCUCAGGUUCCUCUGAUGGGUAUUUAUAUUUAUAUAGCUAUAGAUCUGCAGAGCUUGUUUGGAAAAUAAAGGCAUAUGAGCAGGCAUGUAUAGAUGUUGCUUUCCAUCCCACCAUGCCUAAUGUGAUAGCUUCAUGCAGUUGGAACGGUGUUGUUUCUGUGUUUGAAUAAUAUCAUCUUCUGCACCUUGCUUUUAUCACUGAUCUGCGUAUUUGAGUAGAAGAUCAGAGACCUGUUUUUUGUGGGACCCAUCUAGUGAUGUGUGCAUUAGUUAAGCUUAAGUACUCAAUUUUAGAUCA